AUGGCCGACGACGCAGCCGCACGCCGCGCAGCCUCGGCAGGUGCACCGGAGGCGCAAAAAACCUUCGCGAAGGCCUGCGCGAACUCGCUCGAGUGGCACUACAAAGCGGCGCAGCGCCGCGGCGCGCCGCCGUCGCGGCCGACGAUCCUGGAGAGCGACAGCAAGCGCCCGGGUUGGUACGAGCCGCCGGACGCGACGGCCGCGCCGCCGCGCGUCGAGCGGCGCGCCGAGGCGACGGACAUGCAGAAUCAAAUCGACGCCGUCGAGUUCGGGCUGAAGCAGCUCCGCGCGUCGGCCGACGAGCCGCCGGACGCGAGCGUCCUCGAGAGGCUGACGACCGCGGUGACGUCGCUGCAGAAGGAGAUGAAGACGACGCUCACGGGCGGCCAGCCCGCC